CCGGAGCUGAGGAGUGGGUGAUGAGGAGCGAUCAGCACCACCAGGAAAAGGAAAAAAAAUACCAGGAGCGAUAAAAUGCACGGAGGACAAGGGUCAAUUUGACUGCCAGUAAGACGUUUUGGCACUUUGGGGAGGGGGGUUUGGUGUUUGCGAGUUUAUUUUGGGGAACGCUAGGUUAAUGCAGUCAGGAUUCUCUGUCAGUAGGAGUUGGCUGUUUUUUGGGCUGCAAUUCCAGGGAAGGCUCUCUGAGCUAACCUAGCUAGCUAACAAUUAGCCUUCCCAUUUAGCCCCCUAUCCUGGUUACUUGGUGCCUCCGCCUGCGAGACAUACCUGCUCUGAGCGCGCACUUUCUCUGAUCGGCACAGGUGCAUGCGGUUCGUGGAGGACUCGAGGCAGUAAACCAACCUUUCUGGAUGGACAGACUGGGGCUCGUUGUCACUGCGCGGGCGUAACUUGGAGCGCUGAUUUCGGGGCGGCUAGGCUUGCACUCGGCCGGGCAGCCAGCAGAGGGGAUUGGACAAAUGUGGUGGCCGCGCCAGGCAGUUGUGUCCCGCUGUGUGUGGGACCGAAGUUAGUAGUUCAGUAUAAGAAAAAUAUAUAUGUCUAUAUAUUUUUAAAUUGACUAGGCUAAGCAAGAAAACAAAGUGCGCUGAAGAUAAAUUCAACCUGUUAGCUUGGUUAUAACGUUAGCAGCGUUUAGCUUUCAGGCUAGUUAACAAACUAAUACCGGUCCACGAAAUCAAAAUGGUUAUUCGCACCCUCGGUAGUUCCUCGGGAUAUUUGCAGACAUGUUUCGUUUCUUUUUUUUUUUCCGAUGAGCUCACAGUCACUGUAGCCUGAGGUUUUACUGGAGACUUUGACUAACGUUAAGCUGUCAAAUAUUUAACACUUGACAGCAGCUUUGCCAUCAACAAGGGAGGCCAGAGUCUGCACCAAGCAACGAGACUAUCGAGCUCCAUUAUCAGUGUCUGGAUAUAACCUGUUGGGAUCGGACUGUUGUGCACACAGGAGGCCUUCUUCUUCUUUUUUUAUCUGGUACUUUGUGUGAGGUGUAAGCCCGACACCUCUCCUCAAACGGGCUUUCUUCCCCCCCGCUCAUGCGGUGAUGACUUUAGACUCCAUGAUGGCUUGUUGCCUGAGUGAGGAGGCGAAGGAGUCCAAACGAAUCAACGCUGAGAUCGAGAAGCAACUCCGACGAGACAAGAGAGAUGCGAGAAGGGAGCUGAAGCUGCUCCUGCUGGGUACUGGAGAAAGUGGAAAGAGCACUUUCAUCAAGCAGAUGAGAAUAAUCCAUGGCUCAGGCUAUACAGAUGAAGACAAGAAGGGCUUCACCAAACUGGUCUACCAGAACAUCUUCACCUCGAUGCAGGCCAUGAUCCGUGCAACUGAGAACCUUAAGAUCCCCUUCAAGUAUGACCAGAACAAGAACAAUGCCCUGGUGGUGCGUGACGUGGAUGUAGAGAAGGUUGCAUCGUUCGAUCAGCCGUACAUUAGCGCGAUAAAGAUGCUGUGGGCUGACCCUGGCAUCCAGGAAGCGUAUGAUCGCAGGAGAGAGUACCAGCUCUCUGACUCGACCAAGUAUUACCUUAACGAUUUAGAACGAAUAUCAACACCAGGGUAUGUACCCACUCAGCAAGAUGUGCUGCGGGUCCGAGUGCCCACCACCGGCAUCAUUGAGUACCCAUUUGACCUGGAGAAUAUUAUAUUCAGGAUGGUGGAUGUUGGGGGUCAGAGGUCGGAGAGGAGGAAGUGGAUCCACUGCUUUGAGAACGUCACCUCCAUCAUGUUUUUGGUGGCUCUCAGCGAAUAUGACCAGGUCCUGGUGGAGUCGGACAAUGAGAACCGCAUGGAGGAGAGUAAAGCUCUGUUCAGGACCAUCAUCACAUAUCCCUGGUUCCAGAACUCCUCUGUGAUCCUGUUCCUUAACAAGAAGGACCUGCUGGAAGAGAAGAUCAUGUAUUCUCACCUGGUUGAUUACUUUCCAGAGUUUGAUGGUCCUCAGCGGGAUGCGCAGGCAGGUCGGGAGUUCAUCUUGAAGAUGUUUGUGGACUUGAACCCAGAUAGUGACAAGAUAAUCUACUCCCAUUUCACGUGCGCCACCGACACGGAGAACAUCCGUUUCGUCUUUGCGGCCGUCAAAGACACCAUCCUGCAGCUCAACCUCAAAGAAUACAACCUGGUGUGAAGGAGAAUUGGAAAGACAGAUGGUUAGAGUGCAAGCAAGACACCCACAGCCCCACACGCAAUGCAGUGUCCACAUCUGCAUGAAAUGUACUCGUAAAGAGAUGAGCAUUGCUUUGUGCUUUUACCAGACCAACACUAUCCAUAUUCUGCCCUAUCUCUUCACUCAGACCCUUGGUUGCUCUUUUGCCCAGUUUUAAGGACUCGGUUUUUUUGGUUUUAUUAACUGCUUCUCUUGCACAAUUACACAUGAAACACAUUCAGAUAUAACACUCCCUCCAUUUGUCACCUCUUGGGAGGUUGUUCUCUACUCCGGCGCUCCUCUUUCGGCCCUUGCCGUGGCUCACGUUUUUCUUUCUCUACACUACAGUCUCACUUGCGCUCGUGUGUCAGAGGUGGGUAGAGGGCCAUCUCCCGGUAGACUAAGCUUUUACGGACAAAGGGCUCUCUCCCAUAGUUAUUUAACCCAUGCAUGCUAUACACUACAGCCUGAGGGCUUGAGGCCAGGUGGCACACACUGGACUCUGCUCAUCUGCAGAGGGUAACGAAUUAAUCAGACAGUGCUGGGGUGCAGAGAGGUACUUGGUUCUCCUGGGUCUUGAAUUGUCCAUGAUGUGUUCUUUUAACUCUUUCUGGGGGGUUACAUGCCCUAAAUGAGAGCAUAGAAGCUCUGUUGAAUGUAAAUAAAGUUUUCAUGCUGCUCACACAGAGUGAGGGCUACACAGAGAUGACUACAUGUUCUCUUUUGACUUUCAAUAUUUUCAUCUAUAUUAACGUCAUUAAUUCUUCUGUUGUUCGCUAAUUAAACCGAUCAACGACGACUACUCAAAGGAACCCUUUCAGGAGUGGUCAGGUUCUGUUUAUUAUUCAGUGCCCCUGAUUUUAUACUGAGACAACACUACCAGUAUUUUACGUACUGUACACCAGCUCCCCUGUAAUUCUCUAUCACUUUGCCAAAUUAAAACCACCUACAUUUUUCUGUAAAUACAGUAACAUUGCCAGUAUCGUUUUAAUCCCUUAACUAGUUCAGAUACUAAGAAACAUAUUUGGGAGCUGGUUUUUGCCAAAAACUAAGUGAAGGUUUUCUCCCGAGUUGGAUCGUUCCAGAUGUUUAACAGCGUAACACCUCACUUUGUGUGGCAUUUCUUUAUGUUGUCUCAAUCACACGUGUAACAGUACUGUGAUUUUUAUUUGUGUGAGGAUAACUUUCUUGUGCACAAUGUGUGAAUGAUGGCAUCAGAUUAAACUGGUGCAGCAGUCAUGUUUUGGAUGAAAUAAAGCUUUUGCGCUGCCAGUUUGCUUCAGUCACAACUUUGGUUAUGAUCAUGCAAAUGGCUUUUUCCUCUCCUGUAAUCGCCUUUAUUAAUCAGCCAACAUUUGAUAAAACUGUCACAAUCAUAGAGAGUAAAGAGCUUUUUUUUUUUUUCUUUUCUUUUUUUUUUUUUGUAUAUCUAAUUUAUCAAUUGGAUCUAUUUGUUAUUGAUAUAGUAAAUGAGACUUUGUCCCUAGUAUCAGCUCAAGUUUUCUUUUUGUUGUUUUUUCAACAUCAAAGUUGGGAGUAGAUUUUAUACUGCUGUAAAAUAUCAAACUAUUUUAUGGACAAGUGUUCUGUUUCUAAUGAUACUUCAUAUAUUUAGUUGUUGCAGUUCUGUUUUUGAAGUGCUUGACAUAGGAAAAAGGAAAAAAAAGGUUUCUGUGUCAGGUUUGUGCUUUAUGCAAAUAGGAAAAUGAAAAACAGACAAAAAAUUACUUGGUGGUUAAAUAUUUACUGUUCAGAGAUGCUUGUACUUUUUGUAAUCUUUAAGGAUAUGCGUUUGCUCUUGGUACCAAUCCCAUAUUGUGCGUCUUGCCCGAUAGUAGUUUAAAUAUUCCAUUAAGCCGAGAGUUGAUAUGUGGCUUUUUUGUUUUUGUCUUCACUAUGUAAUUCAGGUAAUUUUUCAUAACUUUCUCAUCACAAGGGCUACUCUUAGCAGCUUUGGUAGAAAUGAAAGGAAUCUGAAUGGUGUAGAGCAAAAGGUGCAAUUAAUUAGCCUCGGGAGGGUGCCUGAAUCCUUUUGAGAGCAGCAGUCCACAGAAGCCUACGUCAAAGUCCUGAUAGAUGGCUGGUGGCCGUUUAGGUACACCCCCCCCCCCUCCCCCCCCCCGUUUUGAUUUUUUUUACCUUCAAGAAAAUAACUAAAGGAAGUUGGGUUUCUUAAGUUGCAAUAGGAUGUUUUUAGUGUCUUUUCUAUUCGACCUUAUCACCCAGGUGAUCCCAUUAUGAAUUAUGUGCUGAAAUCAGCGAUGCAAAGUUUUCCUCUGUGCUUUUACAUAUUUGCCUCUUCAUUGGUAGUGUUUUCAUGCUUGACUUUGACACUGGCUGCAUGGGGACGGGAGGGGGAGAGAGAAUGCUGGGAUGUUUUGACCUUAAGUGCACAUUGAAAGAGGCGGCAGGGUCAGAUUAAACUUACCCUGCUGGACUGUAAUCUUUACUUUGUUUUAGAUGGUAAAUGGUUAAUCUUUGGUGCUUCAAGAAACAUUUCAAAGCCUUUAUUUUUGACCCACUUGCCCAUGUGAUGCUGACUGACUGAAGCUGGCCUUUUGGAUGCCACAGUAAGGCAUGUUCAGGAAACUCUGUUCCCUUGAGCCGUGGCUUGCAACCUUGAGAAAAUACUGUCCUGCAGAUGGUAAAAACACAAAACAAAGGUUGCGUUCAGCCACUGGUGUCAGCACGGUGGCGUCGGUUUCCACUUGCUGACGACGUGGAUUUUUACGCUAACACAGAGUCCCAUGGUUACACUACCAAUGACCAGAGCCGUCAGAAAAGCCGGUUCGGUUAUUUUUAAAAAUCCUUUUCUUUUAUAUCUACUUUGCUUUAUUCUACACACAAUGCAUUUUAACAAAGACUCAUAUGACAAUCCAGUACAAAAUGGUGUGCCAAGCAAAUUCUGUGUUAAGCAAAGGCUUCAAAAACCUGUUUAUAACUUGACCCAGGCCUGUGCAGUGAAAGUUAUUGCAGCAUUUAAUUGAGUCUUACUUGUGGUUUUAGUUUGCAAAUGAAGCUUGCAUGUUGAGCCUCAUUUCUUUUUUUUUUCUUUUUUUUUCUUUUUUUUUCUUUUUUUAAAAAUUGUAUUUAUUGAAAAACUUGCCAAAUGAAGGUACUGAAAUGGCCAUUGUGUUUUUGGUGGUUGAAUAUGCUGCGUGUUUACAUCUGCCAUUCUGCGCUCUCUCUUAUCUCCUUUAUUUGAUUGGACUGUCUAUUGUUUCCCUGGGUCAAAGGCACUGAAAAUACACCGCUGCAAUGGGCCUGCGUUCAUGCAACUUGUCCAUUCAAGCACGCUCAUUGGUACUCUGAGGGGUGUGUGUGAGUGUGUGUGUGUGUACACUUUGAUGGGUGUUGCUUAUGCUUGAGGUCCAUUCUGGUUUCAGGGAUGGAUAUAGUGAUAUUAAAAAGCUAUCUUUGCAUCUUUUUUUUUCUCCCCUUUUGUAAGGUUGACACACCGUAUUUAGGACCACUUGACAUGAUUUUUCUUUUCAGACAAUUCAAAUUUUGUGUAGUGGUGUACAAAUUGAAAGUAAUGUAUUUUUUUUUGUUUGUUUGUUUUUGUUUUAAAGUAUACCAAAUGUAAAUUCUGUACAAUGAGUGUGCCAAUCCCCUUUUCUUUGUAAAGCCAGACUCUUAACAAGUGCCAAUGUUGUGGAAAAAAAUUGAGAGGACCUGUGGAUUUCAUGGUCCAGUUUUUAAAGCAAACACUAAGUGUGUGAUUAAUUAGCAAAAAGGACAGUUUUAUUCUAUAUUUAAGAUUAAUGAUGAACUGCUGUUUUUAAAAAUAAGUGUCAUUUUAAUUGCAUGCAUUUUGUCAGGUUGGGGGAGGGAGUGGGGGGUGAGAUACUCUAUUCAUGCAACGCCCUCGAGAAAAGGGUCCUAAUGGUUAUUGAUUUACAGUAUUUUAGCCAUAUUUCUCUAUUUGUAUGUUUCAUUUCAACCACUGUUGCCUGAACCUCAUUCAUACAUGAUGAUUUUUACAUAGCCUUCUCCUUUAAAUGUUUUA